CCGGAAAGGACUCCAGGGAAGCGGCGACGGGAGGACCGCCGGAGCGCUGAGCGGCGGGCACUUCCGGCCGGUGGCGGCUGCUCGGGGGUCUGCGGGGAGCGUGGCGUGUAAGAGCUGCUUACACCCCGGAGCUGGACGCCGCGGCUCAGGCAGUAAAGUCUCCAUUCAGAUCGGGCAGGGCUGAGGUUCCAGCCAGGCGGGGUGGCCUCCCCCUCCCCAUGGCCUCCCUGCCAGCGGCCCCCCGGGGCCGGGGAGCCAAGCGGAAGCGCGUGGUGCUGACGCUGAGGGAGAAGAUGGAGAUUUGCACGCGCCUGGAGCGGGGAGAGAGCCGGAAGGCGCUGAUGCAGGAGUACAACGUGGGCCUGUCCACGCUGUAUGACAUCAGGGCGCACAAGGCCCAGCUGCUGCGCUUCGUCGCCAGCUCUGACUGUGGCCAGGCGCUGGAGCGGCGGCGCACACUGCACACACCCAAGCUGGAGCACCUGGACCGUGUGCUGUACCAGUGGUUCCUGGGGCAGCGUGCCGAGGGCGUGCCUGUGUCCGGCCCCAUGCUCAUUGAGAAAGCCAGGGACCUAUACACGCAGAUGCAGCUCACCGAGCCCUGCGUCUUCUCUGGGGGCUGGCUGUGGCGCUUCAAGGCCAGGCACGGCAUCAGGAAGCUGGCUGUGGCCGGUGAGAGGCAGGCGGCCAACCCCCGUGCCGCAGAGCAGUUCUGCGGGUUCUUCAGGAGCCUGGCGGCUGAGCACGGGCUGUCCCCAGAGCAGGUGUACAGUGCCAACGAGACCGGCCUUCUGUGGCGCGGCCUGUCAAGCGCUGGGACGGAGGGCGUGGCUGUGGCCAGCCCCAGGCCGUGCCGGGACCGGCUGAGCGUCCUUGUGUGUGCCAACGCCACCGGCUCCCACAGGAUCAGGCCCCUGGCGGUCAGCAGAUGCGGCAGCCCCCGGGCGGCCCGGGGCCUCCCACAGCUGCCAGUCACUUGCAAGGCCCAGGGCCACGCCUGGGUAGACCGGGAGGUCUUCACAGACUGGUUCCACCGGGUCUUCGCGCCCUCAGUGAGGGAGCACUUCCGGGCCUUGGGCCUGCCUGCGGACAGCAAGGCCGUCCUCCUGCUGGAGCGCUCCCGGGCCCACCCGCAGGAGUCGGAGCUGGUGUCUGAGAAUAUCUUUAGCAUCCUCCUGCCGGCCGGCGUGGCCUCCUUGCUGCAGCCCUUGGAGCAGGGCAUCCGCAGGGCCUUCCUGCGGCACUUCCUGGACCCACCCGCCCCACCCAGUGUCAGCGAGGCCAUCCUGCACGUGGCCUGCGCCUGGAAUGCUGUGCCCAGCCAGGUAUUCCAGCGCGCCUGGCGCAGGCUGUGGCCCACGGCUGCCUUGGCAGAGCGCUCUGAGGAGGAGGAGGAGCUGUGCAGAGCCAGGCCUCACAAGACCUUUGCCCACAUCCCCCAGCUCAUGAGAGGGGGCGCCCCCUGCUUGGGCAGCGGACUUCAGGACAGGGAGGCCCAGGGCUGGGGCUCAGCGGAGCGGGAGGUGGCUGAGGAGGGGGAUCCCUUGUGGGCCACUGAGAAGGCGGAGGCAGCUGGCGAGGGGAACGCUGGGGGGAACACUGAGGGGGCCUGGGAGCAGGCGGCUGCGUCCUUCGCCAUGCUCCUGGGCUUUGCUGAGGGGCAGCCCUGCUUCUCUGUGCAGGAGGUGGGGCAGCUGCGUUCGUUGCAUGCAGUGUUCCGGAAGCAGCAGCAGCUGAGGCGGCAGCCUGGGGCCAUGAUCAAAGUUGGGGUCCUGCAGGAGCAGUCUGGCUGCUGCAAGGCCGCUGCCCACUCCCCUUUGCCCUGCCCGUCUGCAGCCCAGGAGAACUGAGGGUGCCCGCCAAACUUGGGUCCGUCAGCCCUUGGCCCUGCUGUGACCCAUGUGGACUCGCAGGUCCUCCUGGAUGGUAGGGCUGUGCCUGACUGACCCCACACCCAACGGCCCUCGGGAAUCGGCCUUCGCCUGGAACGGGACCCUGCCCUCUGCUUAGCAUCACCCCGAUGCUCUGUGCCAGGAGGUCAUGCUGCCUCUCAGGCCGCCCCUGGCGCCUGCUCCAAGGCCACCGCUCCCUCCUGGAGUGGAUGGGGUACUGACGCACAGGUGAGGUGCUAGGUUUAGGCUGUCCCUACAGGCCUGUUGCUGACUGGGGGGCUGGCGCUUGUUCCCCGCAUGCCCUGUUUCUGUGGUGGAGUGGGCUCCUGUGGUCCUGUGGCUGCAGUAAAUGCCUCCGCACAGCGAUCAGCCCUGGUGGGCAGAGCCUCUGGCUGGUGCUCUCAGGUCCCUUGCCGUGGUUUGUCUCCAUCGGGCUGUGGCAGUGUUGUGGCCAAUGAUUAAACAGUUGCUGUUGGA